UACAUUAGAAUUUCCAUGAAGUUUGCCGACAAAAUGAGCUCUUGGGAGAAUAAUCAAGAGAUCGAAAUAUUUCGUGAAUACCUGCGUAUACCAAGUGUGCAUCCGGACAUUGAUUAUUCGCCCUGCGUGGAAUUUCUGAAACGUCAGGCUAUCGAUUUGGGACUACCUAUUGAAAUUUACUCUCCCGCGGGUCCGACAAAACCGGUUGUUAUCAUAACAUGGGUAGGAAAACAACCAGAUUUGCCAUCGGUUGUCUUAAAUUCACACAUGGAUGUGGUGCCGGUGUUUCCCGAGAAGUGGACCCACUCACCAUUCGCUGCCGACAUCGACAAGGAAGGCCGAAUAUUUGCGCGAGGCGCACAGGACAUGAAAUGCGUGGGCAUGCAAUAUCUGGCCGCGAUAAGGGCGCUGCGUAAAAACGAUGUGAUCUUAAAGCGUACCAUUCACGUGAUUUUCGUGCCAGAUGAGGAAAUCGGUGGCGCAGAGGGCAUGCGCGUGUUCGUCCAAUCGAAUGAAUAUAAAAAAUUAAAUGUUGGCUUCUCGCUUGACGAAGGCAUCGCUUCGGCCGAUGAAACUUUUCCAGUUUACUAUGCGGAACGCAGCAUUUGGCAUGUACACUUUAUACUUAGCGGCACUGCAGGUCACGGUUCCCUGUUGCAUAAAAAUACCGUUGGUGAGAAACUUCAUUUUAUUCUCAAUAAACUGAUGGAAUUCAGACAACGCGAGGUGGAGCGUUUAGAAAGCGAUAGUUCGCUUUCAAUUGGUGACGUCACCACUAUUAACUUGACCAGUCUGAAUGGCGGUGUGCAGAGCAAUGUUGUGCCACCAACGUUGGUUGCUGUUUUCGACAUGCGCUUGGCGUUGAGUGUUGAUCAUGACGUCUACGAGAAACAGCUUAAUAAAUGGUGCGAGGAAGCUGGUGGCGGUAUCGAAAUAAAAUUUGAACAAAAGCAACCCAAAGUAGAAGCCACGAAAAUUGAUGAUUCCAAUCCCUUCUGGUUGGCAUUCAAAAAAGCAACAACGGAGCUUGGCCUGAAAAUCAAACCGCUUGUAUUCCCCGGUGGCACCGACAGUCGCUACAUUCGUCAAGUUGGCAUUCCAGCCAUCGGUUUCUCGCCGAUGAACCACACACCCGUCUUGUUGCAUGAUCAUGAUGAAUUUUUGCAAGCGGAUGUUUACUUGAAAGGAAUUGAAUACUAUAAAAAAAUCAUACCAGCUGUUACAAAUGCCAAUGACUUAGGUUUGCCAAUUGCGGUGCAUCAUCCCGGCAGUGUGGAGAAGCCAACUGUUGUAAUUACAUGGGUGGGGCAACAGCCGGAACUACCGACAAUUAUGUUGAACUCACACAUGGAUGUGGUGCCAGUUUAUUCCGACAAAUGGACACAUCCACCUUUUGCUGCUGAAAUCGACAAGGAGGGUCGAAUAUUUGCACGUGGGUCACAGGAUAUGAAAUGCGUGGGCAUGCAAUAUCUGGCAGCGAUACGAGCGCUGCGUAAAAGUGGCGCCACAUUGAAACGCACUGUACAUGUGACAUUUCUACCAGACGAGGAAAUAACUGGUCCAAUGGGUAUGAAGGCUUUUCUACAAUCUGAAGAUUUUAAAAAACUAAAUGUGGGCUUCUGCUUUGACGAAGGCAUUGCAUCAGCCGAUGAAACAUUUCCAGUAUUCUAUGCGGAAAGAAGUCUUUGGCAUGUACAUUUUUUAAUUAGUGGCACUGCUGGCCACGGUUCGUUGCUGCACAAAAACACCGUUGGCGAAAAGUUGAACUAUAUUCUGAAUAAAUUGUUUGAGUUUAGACAACACGAAGUCGAUCGUUUGGAUAGAGAUAAAUCUUUGCUACUUGGCGAUGUUACAACCAUCAAUUUAACCGUUGUGAAAGGUGGUGUACAAAGCAAUGUGGUGCCACCGGUUAUUGAAGCCGUUUUCGAUAUGCGUUUAGCGUUGAAUGUAGACCACGAUGCUUUUGAUAGACAGCUCAAGACGUGGUGUGAAGAAGCUGGCGGUGGUGUGGAAAUCGUAUAUGAACAAAAAGAACCGAAGGUAGCGGCUACAAAAAUUGAUAACUCUAAUCCGUACUGGAUGGCGUUUGAGAAAGCUAUAAAAGAUUUAAACCUUAAAAUCCAACCCCUUGUAUUUCCUGCCGGCACAGACAGCUAUUAUAUACGCGGACUGGGCUUACCCGCUUUAGGGUUUUCGCCUAUAAACCACACACCCGUGUUGUUGCAUGAUCACGAUGAAUUUCUGCAAGCGGACGUCUACUUAAAAGUUGAAAAUAUGAGCGACUGGAUGAACAAUAAGGAAAUACAAUUAUUUCGCGAAUAUUUGCGGAUACCCAGCGUCCAUCCGAACAUAGAUUACACACCUUGCGUGGAGUUUUUGAAAAAGCAAGCCAAAGAUUUAGGCUUAACUGUAGAAAUAUGCUACCCUGGCGGCCCUACUAAGCCCAUAGUUAUCAUGACAUGGUUGGGACAACAACCUAAACUACCAUCGUUAAUGCUCAAUUCACAUAUGGAUGUGGUACCGGUUUAUCCAGAAAAGUGGUCGCAUCCACCUUUUGCUGCCGAAAUGGACGAGCAAGGUCGAAUAUUUGCACGUGGGUCACAGGAUAUGAAAUGUGUGGGUAUGCAGUAUUUAGCAGCUAUACGAGCACUUAAAAAGAAAGGCGCUACAUUCAAACGAACUAUACACGUCACUUUUGUGCCCGAUGAGGAAAUCAGUGGAGUCCUGGGAAUGAAAUGUUUCGUACAAACCGAUAAUUUUCGAAAACUGAAUGUUGGUUUUUGUUUAGACGAAGGCAUAGCGAGUGUAAAAGAUGAAUAUGCCGUGUACUAUGCUGAAAAGACUAUUUGGUAUGUUCAUUUCACUAUAAGUGGCACAACGGGACAUGGAUCCUUGUUGCAUAAAAAUACAGCUGCUCAAAAAUUCCAAUAUAUUCUCGGUAAAAUGUUGGAGCUAAGGAAACGAGCAGAAAGUCUCUUAAACAGCGACCGGUCGCUGGAACUUGGUAAUGUCAGUACCGUUAAUUUGACAGUGGUGAAAGGUGGCCUGCAGAACAAUGUUAUACCACCUGUGAUUGAGGCAACUUUCGACCUACGCUUGGGCAUUGAUGAAGACCAUGAGGCAUUACAAAAGCAGCUAAAAGUUUGGUGUGACGAAGCUGGUGGUGAUAUUACAAUCAAGUUCCCUACUCAAGAAAAAAAAAUUCCGGCCACUAUUAUAAAUGAAACCAAUCCCUAUUGGGUGGGCAUGCAAAAUGCGAUGAAAAAACUUGGUUUGAAAGUGCGUACUGCAGUGCUUCCCGGUGUCACAGACAGCCGAUACGUGCGUCAAAUGAGUAUACCAGCCUUGGGUUUCUCUCCAAUUACGAAUACACCGAUUCUGCUGCACGAUAAUGAUGAGUAUUUGCAGGCAGACACCUAUUUGAAGGGCAUAGAAAUAUACGAAAAUAUAUUACCAGGCAUUGCAAAUGCUUAAGCUAAAUUUUACUAUGUUUACAAAAUAUUUUCAACAAAG